AUGUCCGAAAAUCACUCUAAUCAACUCUCACGAUUAUUUUACCCUAUAAAUGAACGUGUCGGUUUGUCGAUUGGUGUUAUAUCUGGACACCAAAGCAAGCACAAACGGAAACAUUUAGUUUUUACAAUUUCACUAACGAAGCCUACGAGCAUUCAGGUCUAUCUGGUCAAGAUUACGGAUAAAAAUGAAAUUAAGAAAGUGCAAGUAUGCAACGCGAAGAAUCUGAAAAAAAUUGACUGCAGAGAUACAAAAACUCAACCUAGCUAUGAAUUACAAAUCAUUACAGAAAAUAAGAUAUGGGUAUUUAAUGCUUUGAAAUUAGAAGAAAAAAGACAUUUUGUCAGUUCAUUUUGUCGUACGCUUGCAACACUUCUACCACAUGUGAUCAAAGAUAUAGAAUUAGUCAAUUUCCCACAAGAUAUAAAUAUUUCUCCACUUAGUCAACAUGAAACAUUGGAUGCUUUGCUUAAUCCUGAAUAUAUGUCGACGGUUGGUACCGGUGGCGAUGAGGAUAAUGUUGGCGGUGAUGAAAAAUCAGUUGACAAAGAUAAGUCGGAUGUCAAUGCACCGGUCACUGAUUCAUACCGUUCAUUGACAAAACGUGAAGAAGAUGAUAUACGACAAUUUCUAGAUGAACUUGAUGAGGAAUCAACACUCUUAAAUGCUGCUCAACUAACAGAACGUUUACAAGAACAGUUGGCUCACAUUGAAGGUACAAAUGUUCAUUCAAUUAUGUCUUCUGAAUCUCAAGUAUUAAGUCUUAUGACAACAUUGGACAGUGCUAUUGAACGAGCUGAAUUAUUAGAGAAACAAUUAAAUAUUUAUUAUAGUUUUUUAGAGGAAGUUGAAGAUGCAAUGUCUACCCUACGUGAUCAUGAUCAAUUAAUCCAAACUACAGUAGAUAACCGCGCAAAUUUAUUAAAUGUACUUGAACAACUAGUCGAUCGGUUAGAUGUUGAUCCAAAAUACUUCCAUGUAUUAAUGAAAGGUGAUUUAAGUACAUCUGAUGGUAUUGCACGUUGUAUCGAAGCUGCUGGAUAUUUGGAUCGUUUGCUGAAUUCAGAAUUUAAAGAAGGUGAAGAACAUCUUCAAGCUGUAGAUGAACGUAUGCAAGAAUUGAGAAAUUUACGUGAUUCAUUUGCCACAAAAUUAUCAGGUUUUGUAAAUGAUGCAAUGUUACGUUACGCCAGUCAAUUAGGAUUUGUUGUCAACACAGGGAUUAGUAUGCCUUCAUCAGAUACAAUGUCAACAAUAUCAAAUAAUCAAUCUGGUAUUGGCGGUGGUGGCGGAGGAAAUAGGAAAACAUCAAUGAUGAUUACAAGUUCUUUUCGUGUUGCAUCUGAUUUAUAUGCUGUUCAAAGAACUGACUUACUUCAACUAACUCCACUAGUUGGCAACUGGUUACAAGCUAAUAGAAAAGAUUUAUAUAUUGGAAUUAAAAGGAUGUAUAUUGAAAAAUCACAAAAUUUUUUUAAACGACAAAUACAAGAAGUAUUGAAGUGUACACAAGACUCCGUUGCUAAUCUUGUCCGACCUGGGAAAUCUAAAGAAAUUCAACGUUUAGAGAAUAUACCAUCAGAUGUUGGAAGUGUUAUGUCAUUACAUAAUUUAGAUUCAAAUCUUUUAACUCAAGUUGAAUCGAUCUUUGAUAGUUGUUUCGAUAAAAUUCUAACUCUAAUUCGUACAGAACAAGCAUUUUUAAAUCAAUUCUUCGGUUUUCAUUUGAAUGCAUCACAAAUUGAAAAGUCACAUAAUACUGUUAUGUAUAAAAAUUAUAAAGGCGAUGAAUUAUCUACUUUAUUCGAUUGUAUGGUUCAUUUAUUCGAUAGUGUUGAACAAGAUGUUAUAAAUUUAAUCACUCAUUGUGAACAAUUACAAGCUAUAUUGAUUAUGCCAUUGUUAAUUACAAUUUCACGUAUCACAGAAAAUGAAAUUACAUUAACAUCAUCAUCAUCAUCAUCAUUAUUAUCAUCACCUUCACAACAAACCACAACAACCAAUUUGGAUAAUUCUAAUUCUAGUAAUGGGAUUCCCAAUACUAGUCAACUACAAUUAGAAUCACAAGAUUCUGAUAAAAUUCCAAUGACAUAUAUUGCAAAUUUUUUAUCACGACUUACUAUUGAAACAAAACGAGCUUUUAAUCGUCUUGUUGAGCGUCUAAUUAUUUCAUUUAAAACAAGUAAACCGUGUAAAAAAGUACGAUGUGGUGUAUUAUCAAUGGUUCGCACUUAUAUUGAAUUCGCUGAAUGUUCAAUGACUGUAUUUGCUAAGAGUUCACGUUUAGUUGAUCUAGAACGUGCCCAUAGAGAAUUAGUACGUUGUUUAAUGACUGAAAUUGAUCGAGUUGCAUCAAGAAGUGUGAAAACUCCCGGUGAAGUUGUCCAGUUAGAAAAUUAUCAUCGUCUUUGUGAUAUUCUUCGACGUUUAAAAAUGUCCAGCUUAGAUGAUUAUCGUCAAGAUGCUAAGAAUCGUUAUACUUUAGCUUUACAAGAAUAUACAAAAACAUGUAUGGGUCGUCCAUUGGAGAAAUUAGCAAGCUUUUUUGAAAAUGUUCAAAGUGCUUUGGAUGCUGGUGUACGAUCUGAAGUGGUUAGUUAUCAAUUUGCUUUUAGUAAACAAGAAUUACGUAAAGUUAUCAAAGAAUAUCCUGGAAAAGAGGUAAAACAUGGUCUGGAAAGUUUAUGUAAAAAAGUUGAAAAACAUUUAUCUGAUGAAGAAAAUUUGUUCCCUGUUGUAUGGAGAUCAAUACAAACAGAAUUUAUUACACAAUGUUUACGUUUUAGUAAUUUAAUUCAACAAUGUUAUCCAGAUUCUGGGAUUCAACUUGAAUUCACUAUAACAGAUUUACAAAAUUAUUUUACUGAAAUUGCAUGUUCACGUUGA